AAGCUCUUUCCCACUCUCUUCCCUUUCCUUCAUUUCUUAUCAUCAUCUGAGUUUCAUUCCUAAGCUUAGUAGCAAACCAAGCAGCAAUGGCGGCUCUCUCCGGCACCAUGGUCAGCACCUCCUUCAUCCACGGGACCCCCAAGAGCAGCCUCCGCUCUGCUACCCCCAACGUGGGCCAGGCCCUAUUCGGGCUGAAGUCCAACACCCGCGGCGGACGUGUCUCCAUGGCUGCGUACAAGAUCACCCUCAAGACACCUGAAGGCGUCUCCGAGUUUGAGUGCGAGGACGACGUCUACAUUCUCGACGCCGCCGAGGAGGCCGGUCUCGACCUUCCUUACUCCUGCCGCGCCGGUUCCUGCUCCUCCUGCGCCGGAAAGGUCGUUUCUGGCACCGUCGACCAGUCUGACCAGAGCUUUCUCGAUGAUGAUCAGAUUGAUGGUGGGUUUGUCCUCACUUGUGUCGCAUAUCCUUCCUCUGAUGUCACUCUUGAAACCCACAAGGAAGAGGAGCUCGUCGGUUAAUCAAUUACAGUACUAGUCUUCAUGACUCUUUCACUCUUAAUCUCUUAUUAUUACUAUGUUUUUGAUAUGAUGUCCCUGCUUAGAGUUGAGUUUGCUUCCAUCUGUUAGAAACAGAUCUUAAUUUUCUAGUAUGGAAUAUCAUUGUACUCUUGUUUGAA